AGGUGUGUGAGUGUGUGUGUGUUUGUGUGUGCGUUUGUGUGUGCGUUUGUGUGUGCGUUUGUGUGUUCGUGUCAGGUCUGAUUCAGAUCAAUGGAGGAGAUAGGGACUAGGUGACGGCCCAACAUAGCGGUCAGCUGAUAGAGACAGUGAAUUAAAUGGGAGAAGAGAAAGGGAGAGAAAGAGAGAACUGAUGCAGAUAGUUCCUCCCAGAGAGUGGCAGUCUUUGUUGGGCUGGUGGGCGACUGUCACUGAAACCUUCCUCCAGCAGAGAAAUAAAUGAACCUUAAAGAGUGUCACAACAGGGAAAUCUAUUGCCAGUGGACACAACAUAAAGGAUGUGGUCCUCCAUAACAAAGAGGUACCAUGACUGAAAGAAUGCAAAUAAUGAGAAUUGGAGUUGUGGGAUAUGGACAUUUAGGGCACUACCUUGUGGACAGAAUCCAGAGAGAAGGAGCCAAGUUGGGCUUGACGUUGGUUUUUGUGUGGAACAGAAACGCAGACAAACUCAGAGGAAAGGUGGCCCAGGAACUAAUUCUACACAACCUCUCAGACUUUGUAGACAGGGGUGCUGAUGUGAUUGUGGAGGUGUGCCAUCCAAAAGUUGUGAAAGACUUUGGUGUCCAGUUCCUCUCUAAGGCUCAUUUUCUGGUGGGCUCUCCUUCAGCCCUCUCAGACCCACACCUCAACCAGCAGCUUCGGCAGGCUGCAGAGCAUCAUGGGAGAACCCUUUAUGUUCCCAGUGGGGCAUUGUGGGGAGGCCAGGACAUCCAAAGACUGAACGAUAGUGGAGCAUUAAAGGCUCUGUUCAUCCGGAUGUCAAAGCACCCGUCAUGUUUCCGUCUGACAGGAGACGUGCCGUCUGAUUGCACGGAGAACAGAGGGAGGCGGGUCUUAUUCAACGGCUCAGUGGCAGAGCUCUGUCCCAUUGCCCCUAACAACGUCAACACCAUGGCGGCGGCGGCCAUGGCAGCAGGGUCCCUGGGUUUCUCUGGAGUCCGGGGGGAGAUUGUGUCGGACACGGCGCUAAGUGAUUACCAUGUGGUUGAGGUGGAGGUUACCGGCGCCAACGGCUUCUCCGUGCAUACUGUGAGGAGAAACCCUGCCAAACUGGGCGCUGUUACUGGCAGUGCCACCUACAACUCCUUCUGGAGUAGCUUACAGGUUUGCAAAGGGCACGGCGGCCGAGUUUACUUGUGCUGAAGAGGGAGGGAUUUCGGAAAACAUCUGGAAGACUACUGUAUCCCAGCAGUUUUCUUCCACCAUUUAAAAUGGAAUCUUUUGAAAAUGCCUUACUGCAGCACAAUACCUGUUUAAUGAUGUGACAAACUCUAAAAACUUGACUGCAGGAGCCAAGUUAAUUAGCAUUAUAAAGCUAAUGCGUUUGUACAGACCUGUAGUCCAAUACGAUACAUUGUUAAAGACGGAGUAAUGUAUGAUCAGCUUUUCAAUGCUUUGGCCAAACACACAGAAACAAUUCAUGCUCUAAUAAAACUUGAGAGAAC